AUGCCGCGCGCUCCCCGGUGCCGCGCCGUGCGCGCUCUGCUGCGGGGCCGCUACCGCGAGGUGCUGCCGCUAGACACCUUCGUGCGGCGCCUGGGUCCCGAGGGCCGGCGCCUCGUGCAGCGCGGGGACCCGACGGCCUUUCGCGCGCUCGUGGCCCAGUGCCUGGUGUGCGUGCCCUGGGACGCGCAGCCGCCUCCCGCCGCCCCAGACUUCCGCCAGGUGUCCUGCCUGAAGGAGCUGGUGGCCAGGGUCGUGCAGAGGCUCUGCGAGCGCGGCGCGAGGAAUGUGCUGGCCUUCGGAUUCGCGCUGCUGGACGGGGCCCACGGCGGCCCACCCAUGGCCUUUACGACCAACGUGCGCAGCUACCUGCCCAACACAGUGACGGAGACGCUGCGUGGCAGUGGCGCGUGGGGGCUGCUGUUGCAUCGCGUGGGCGACGACGUGCUCACCUACUUGCUGGCACGCUGCUCGCUCUACCUGUUGGUGGCCCCCCGCUGUGCCUACCAGGUGUGCGGGCCACCACUCUACGACCUCUGCACCACCAGACACGCGGGCGGAACACCGACGAGCCUCGGACCCAUGCGCCAGGCCUCGAAUGGUGGCGACAGCGGGGAGGCCCUGGUACCCCAGGGCUGGGGUACGAGGCGACGGCGGAGCAGCACUGGGGUAAGAAGGCCCCAGGCCAAGAGGCCCAGGCGUAGCCUGAUCCCGGAGAUGGACCAGCCAAGUGCCAACGACCCCCACACGGUAACACCUGUCAGAGCCAUUGCGGAAGCCUGGUCUGGGGGCGAGUUGCGCAGGACACGGCGCCCCUUACCUCUGCUGGGCCACGAGCGCGAGGCCAGCUGCCCAUUCUUUCUGCGGUCACGUCCGCAAGCCGCUCCUGGUCCCAGAGUGGUCGCUGAAACCAAGCAGUUUCUCUACUGCUCUGGUGACAAGGAGCGGCUGCGCUCUUCCUUCCUGCUCAGCUCCCUGCAGCCCAGCCUGACAGGGGCCCGGAGGCUUGUGGAAACCAUCUUUCUGGACUCGAAGCCCCUGCAGCGGGGGGCUCCCCGCAGGACACGCCGCCUGCCCGCGCGUUACUGGCGGAUGAGGCCCUUGUUCCAGGAAUUGCUUGGGAACCAUGCGCAGUGCCCCUAUGGCGAGCUGCUCAGGAAGCACUGCCCGCUGCGGGCCGCAGCCACCCCAGUGAAGGCGGCAGUGUUGGGGUCCGGCGACCAGGGGUGCGGUGGAGUGGGUGUUUGCGCCCAGGAGGAGGACACCGGCCCUCCGCGCCUGGCCCAGCUGCUCCACCAGCACAGCAGCUCCAGGCAUGUGUAUGGGUUCCUGCGGGCCUGUCUUCGCAGGCUAGUGCCUGCAGGCCUCUGGGGGUCCAGGCACAACGAGCGCCGCUUCUUGAAGAACGUGAGGAAGUUCAUCUCUCUAGGGAAGUACGCCAAGCUCUUGAGUCAGGAGCUGAGCUGGAAGAUGAAAGUGCAGGACUGCGCCUGGCUGUGCCGAAGCCCAGGGGGUCGCCGUGUCCCGGCAGCAGAACACCGUCUGAGAGAAGCAGUCCUGGCCAAAUUCCUGUGCUGGUUGAUGGGCACAUAUGUUGUUGAGCUGCUAAGGUCAUUUUUUUAUGUCACGGAGACCACGUUUCAGAAGAACCAGCUCUUUUUCUUCCGGAAGAGUGUCUGGAGCCAAUUGCAAAGCAUUGGGAUCAGACAACACUUCGAUAGGGUACAGCUUCGAGAACUCUCAGCAGCUGAGGUCAAGAGACAUCAGGAAGCCAAACCUGCUCUGCUGAUGUCCAGGCUACGCUUCCUCCCCAAGCCCAACGGGCUUCGGCCAAUCGUGAACAUGGACUAUGUCGUGGGAGCCAGAACGUUCCACAGGGACAAAAAGGUGCAGCAUCUCACCUCGAAAGUCAAGACGCUGUUCAGCGUGCUGAACUAUGAGCGAGUGCGGCGCCCUGACCUCCUGGGCGCCUCCGUGCUGGGCAUGGAUGACGUCUACAGGGCCUGGCAUGCCUUCGUGCUGCGCAUGCGGGCUCAGGACCCAGCGCCUCAGCUAUACUUCGUCAAGGUGGACGUGAUGGGCGCGUACGACGCCCUCCCUCAGGACAGGCUGGUGGAGGUGAUCGCCAGCAUAGUGAAGCCCCAAGAGCACACGUACUGCCUGCGCCAGUACGCCGUGGUCCAGAGGACUGCCCGCGGACACAUCCGGAGGUCCUUCAAAAGACACGUGUCCACCUUCACAGACCUGCAGCCUUACAUGAAACAGUUCGUGCAAGAACUGCAGAAGACGCGCUCGCUGAGGGACGCCGUGGUCAUCGAGCAGAGCUGCUCUCUGAACGAAGCCGGCAGCAGCCUGUUCGAUUUCUUCCUGCGUCUGGUGCACAACCACGUCAUCAGGAUUGGGGGCAAGUUUUACAUCCAGUGUCAGGGGAUCCCCCAGGGCUCCAUCCUGUCCACCCUGCUGUGCAGCUUGUGCUAUGGAGACAUGGAGAGCAGAAUGUUUCCCGGGCUUCAGCAAGACGGGCUGCUCCUGCGUUUGGUGGAUGACUUCUUGCUGGUCACCCCUCACCUGGCACGAGCGAAGGCCUUUCUCAGGACCCUGUCCAGGGGCGUGGCUGAGUACGGCUGCACGGCGAACUUGCGGAAGACGGUCGUGAACUUCCCCAUGGGAGACGAAGCCUUGGGCUGUGCAGCCCCCCUGCAGCUGCCAGCCCACUGUUUGUUCCCCUGGUGCGGCCUGCUGCUGGACACACGGACCCUGGAGGUGUUCUGUGACUACUCCAGUUAUGCCCAGACCUCAAUCAGAGCAAGUCUCACCUUCAGCCAGGGCUUCAAGGCUGGGAGGAGCAUGCGUCGAAAGCUCUUUGCUGUGUUAAGGCUGAAAUGUCACAGCCUGCUUCUGGAUCUGCAGGUGAACAGCCUUCAGACAGUUUGCACAAACGUUUACAAGAUAUUCCUGCUGCAGGCCUACAGGUUUCACGCCUGUGUGCUCCAGCUCCCAUUUAAUCAGCACGUCCGGAAGAACCCUUCGUUUUUCCUCCGUGUCAUCUCUGACACCGCAUCCCGCUGCUACGCCCUUCUGAAAGCCAAAAACACAGGGAUGUCACUGGGGACCAAGGGUGCUGCCGGCCCAUUUCCUUCCGAAGCCGCAAGGUGGCUGUGCCUCCACGCCUUCCUGCUGAAGCUGUCCCGUCACAGCGCCACCUACAGGUGUCUCCUGGGAGCACUCCGGGCUGCCCGAGCGCAGCUCUGCCGGCAGCUCCCGAGGGCGACACUUGCCAUCCUGGAGGCCGCGGCCAACCCGGCCCUGACCACAGACUUCAAGACCAUACUGGACUGA